AUGUCAGCGCCCAUAGCAGCUGCUGCGGACGAAACGCUUAUCGCUUCGGCCGCUCCCAACGCCACCUCUCCCUGUAGCAACAGCAACAACCAGUGGCUGGAGCUAUUCCUUCGCAUGUACGCUUUGCACUGCAAGGAGUCUGAUAUGGAGAUGAAUUCCCGCGCUUUACAAGCAGCAGUGUCAAUGCAAGAUGCCCUCGAGACAGACAAGCGGCAGCUGUCAUCCCAUUCCCCUAGUACACCUGCAGUGGCGUACGUGCUCACUGCCGUACCACUUGUGGUUAGCGAGGCGCAUGCCCUGCUUUCUGCACUUGCCUAUUUACCGCUUGCUAGGCUUGACUUCAGUGAGUGCUACCUCGGCGACGCAGGCACCCGCGUUCUUGCAGAUGCGCUAAGCACAAGUUCCCGCUGCAACGGUACUCUUCGUGCUCUUCACUUGCGUGGCGUUGGCGUCAGUGAUGCCACACCGCUGGCGUAUUUGGUGACAGCGGCACAGCAUCUACACAUACUCGAUUUGUCGUGCAAUAAACUUGGCACUCGGCCACAGGGAGUCUCGGUGCUUUGUGGGGCCUUGCAGCAUCACCCUGCGCUGCGGGAGGUGCAUCUUGGUGACAACAUGAUUAGUGGUGGCUGCGGCGUGAGUUUGCGUGCCAUUGCUGAGUGGGUAGUGUGCGCUGGCCAUGGUGGUGCUCUGCAGCGUAUUGAUUUGCGCUUCAACGCUUUUGGGUUUUCGCGAGACAUUGCAGCUCCUGCAACCGCAGUGAGAGCAAGCAGUUGCAUUUAUGGCUCUCACCCACUUGUGGAUGCGCUUCUCUUCAACAAUACUUUGGAGUUUCUUGAACUGAAAGGGAAUGCGCUUCCGGUAGAUAUCAUCGAUGCGAUUGAGGCGAAGUUAGCUGUCAACCGACGCACCAAGGAGAUCAUCCGAAGGAUGUAUGUGCCGAGGGGAUAA